UUUAACCCCUUUAAAUUCCUUUGAAAUAUGUGUGCAUAUGUGCACGCUCAUGUGUGCGCGUAUUCUUGCGUGUGCAUGUGUUCAGCCCGUGAGGAGCUUCCGGACUCUGAUCCAGAGGACACAUCAGAGGAGCUGACUGAGGUGGUGUGUCUGGAGUCAGACCUGCAGGAUGGACAGAUGAUGGAGGUUGAAGUGGGACAUCACAGCGUGCUGUUGACACACAGCGAGGGCAAAUACAGUGCCAUUGGUAACCAGUGUACGCACUAUGGAGCUCCACUCAGUAAAGGGGUUAUUUCAGGCAACACAGUGCGCUGCCCGUGGCAUGGCGCCUGCUUCAACGUCCACACAGGAGAUCUGGAGGAGUUCCCGGGCAUGGACUGUUUACCCUGCCACAAGGUCAAAAUUCAAAACCGCAAAGUGUAUGUGUCUAUAAACAAAAAGACUCUCAAGCAGGACAAAAGAGUGAAGAGUAUGGGAGCCGCAGUAGCAGGAGUUACUCACACUGUUCUGCUGCUGGGAGGAGGAGCUGCGUCGCUGAUCUGCGCUGAGACUCUGCGGCAGGAAAACUUUGGCGGCAGAAUCAUCAUGGUCACCAGAGACGACCUUUUACCUUACGACAAAACACGACUCAGCAAGGUAAUGAAUGUGGAGAACGACAGUAUUCUGCUCAGGAGGAUGGAGUUCUUCCAUCAGCACGACAUCGAGGUGUGGCUCCGGAAAGAAGCCGUGUCAGUGGACACAGACAUGAAGACAGUCGCAUUUGAUGACGGUUCAGUUCAGAGCUAUGACCAGCUUCUCAUCUCAACAGGCUGCAGAGCGAAGGGUCUGGAUGUCCCCGGCAUGAAGUUGGACAAUGUCAGGAUGUUGGAGACUCCAGAGGACGCCCGGCAAAUCCACACAGCCUGUCUGGGCUGCAACGUUGUCCUCGUGGGAACCUCUUUUGUCGGUAUGGAAGUUGCAUCUUAUUGUAUAGACAAAGCCUCCAGCGUCACAGUGAUCGGCAGCAGUGAGCUGCCGUACCAGAACACACUGGGUCGUGAAAUUGGAAAAGUCACCUUGGCGAUGCUGUCAGAAAAUAAUGUGAAAUUCUACAUGAAUGAUAACGUCACGGAGAUCAAAGGUGUGGAUGGCAAGGUGAAGGAGGUUGUGCUUAAAAGUGGAAAAGUUAUCCCAGCAGAUGCUUUGAUUGUUGGUAUUGGCAUCAAACCAAACUCCGAGUUCCUGCGGGGCAGCAAAAUACUGACCGACUCAAAGAACUUUGUAACAGUCGACAAGUACAUGCGCACCAACAUCUCCAGUGUGUACUGUGGGGGCGACCUGGCCACCUUCCCCCUGGCGAUGGCCAAGAACCGGCUGGUCAACAUCGGACACUGGCAGAUGGCCCAAGCUCAUGGGAGGAUAGCGGCUCUGAACAUGCUGGAUAAAUCAAGUGAGCUCAGCUCAGUUCCUUUUUACUGGACCGUCCUACUGGGUAAAACCAUCCGAUAUGCAGGCUAUGGGGAGGGAUACACGGACAUUGUAAUGAAAGGAGCCUUUGAGGACAGGAAGUUCCUGGCAUUGUACAUCAAGAAUGAUGAGGUCAUAGCGGCAGCGAGCCUGAACUACGACCCAGCAGUGUCUGCAGUGGCUGAGAGGUUUGCAGCAGGAAAAGUCAUCACGAAGAAAGAGGCUGAAUCAGAUGACCUGAGCUGGCUGCAGUUGUCCCAAUCUAGACUUUCCUCUAAUCUUCUGCUCAACACGUCAUCCGUACGAUGUUGACAUCCAUCCGUCUCUUUGUCACCACCUCUCUCACUGAGAGUUUGAAGACCUGGAUUAACGUGUGUGAUUCAGAAGAGACAGACUUCACACAAUCUAUAGUGAAGGUUAUAUUUACACUGUUGUAUUAGAUGUAAAUUGUGCGUCAUACACUCAGUGUUCAGGUGAGGGGGACUCCCCCAUGCAAACAACAGAUACCUCAGACAGCUUUUGGGACUUCUUUUUACAAUCUUGAUAUUUUUUUUUCCUAGAAUUUCUUCAGAGUUGUUGAAUUUAUUUCAUGGCUUUAUGUCUCAAGGGAUAUUUCAGUGACAGUCCGGAGACGUCACAGUUAAGAUGCUUCGGGAUGUUCUCUGCUGUUAAUCUUUAAAAGGUGGUGUACAAUGCCUGGGGCUGCUGGGAAAAAACACAAGUGGCCUUAAUGCCCACUGCGGCCGUGUACGUGGUCCGGUCGGUGAGUCGGAGGGGGGAUUAUGAGAACAGAGGGGGAGUGCUCAGCUCUUUGAAGCAGAGAUGCUGAAAUAGGCAACGGUAACAAAACACACCAACAGGGAACAAUAGGCCUUCGACAAACCGCACACAAAUGCAGUGUGACAAAACCUUCACAAAGGAAAUGCUGCGUUUUUUCCCUCUUACCCCCCUCUGUCUCUGUGCUGGUCUGUCGCUGUCUUUACUUCACAUCUCCAUGUUUACUUUGAGCGUCACUCUCCCUUCCUGUCAACAGCAUGCCUCGGUUUCCUGUAUUCAACUGAUGCAGACUUUUCAAGGCCAGUACCGGUCAGAAUAUUUUAGAACUGAAGGCUUAUAUUUUGUACUUGUCAGAAAUCAUGAAGUUUUUUUUUUUGUUUUUUUUUUAGCAGCAUUUAGAUCAUUUACAUCAUAAUAUAAUACAAGUUCUGGAUAAUGAAUUUAGAAAGUAUUAAUGGAAAAAAUAACCAGACAAGAAACUCAUAUUUUUGGGUUAGUUAAACAAACUCGGUACCUGACAAAUUAAUCAACACAUUCAUGCAGAAAAUUAUAUAAAAAAAACAACAUUCAUAAAUGUAUAUUGUCACUGGUAUAAAUCGUCAUACAUGUUGCCUUCCGCUCUUGAAGCUAAAUGUAAAAUAAUUUCCAUCUCUCUGCUCGCAGUAGGGAACACUGACUGCCCUGAUAUUGCUGCAACCUCACUUCUCUUGAAGUAUUGCAUUAUACUGUUAAGUAACAGCUUAAAGUGUUAAUGUAUCUACAGGGAACAUCUUUAAGUCUUACUUUGCACUCAAAAACAUUGUGACAAUAAGUAAUUUAGCAUAUUAUGUAUUCUUGAGGGAAGAAGUAUCAGCUUUGUUCUCCUGAGGAGUUUAAGUGAAGGAUGUUCUUUGCCUCUCAGUCACAGUGCUGCACAUCAGUCCUCUUGUUAGUAACAGCUUUGUUAUCAAUGCAAAGUGAACUCUGAUGCCCAGGGAGAAAUAAUGGGAAUGUAAUUGUCAUUUAAACUUUGUUGUCUAUUUUGUUUGAAUUUGUUCAUGCAUAAAAAAAAAACUCU